AUGGCCGAAAAGAUGGACCCAGCAAGCCAGUCCAGCCCAGAAAAAAGUUCCGGUACUUCAAGCAAAUUAGAAUCGCUGUCAUCCAAUCUAAAAGACACAUCGGACAGAGCCGCUCCACUGAAUGAUGUCUGGACAUUCUGCCCUUGUCUAGCAGCCCGUGAUGAGGCUGUGCGUGCCAUGAGCCGAUCUAAGGACUUCUGA